AUGAUGCCUAUUCAUUCCCUUCUAGGUUCAUCUGCGACAGCCUUCCCCAUGGCAGAGUUUGAAGCCCUGGACUUAGAUGCCCAACUAGACAGAUUGGAGAUGCUUAGCUCUCCUGUAAGUAAGGCAAAAUCCAAGGCAGUGACGGAGGCUAUGGAGAGGCUGAAGAUCUGGUAG